GAUCACAAACCUUCAUUGACUUUGCAGCUGAACGAACUCCGCUUUUAAUAUUUUUUAGUGACGACCCGAGAGACAGAAGGCCCGAGCGUCUUUUUAACCUGCAAUUGUUCCUUUCUAAAACUUAACUAAUUUCAUCAGUGUCCUAUUCUGAAAUUCACCAUAGAAGGGAGUUGGAAAUGAAUUCCAUAAUAUUGAUCGCUUCUUUUCUUUGCGUGCUUGUGGCGAGUCCAUUUGCGCACGGGCAACAAGGAACCAUUCUGGGGAAAAUGCCCUCCUUAGCUCCCAUGCCACCUAGUCCUCCCUCGGCCUCCCAUGCAAAGGUUAAACCCACCAUCAAGGCACCACCAGCUCAGGGAUCGCGACCGAUAACUGCGAAACCUCAGCCGCCGCAACAGGCUCAACCUCAGCCUCCACAGUCCACGCCCGUCCAAAGCAAACCAGCUACUCCGCAGCAGCCGCCCCAGCAAGUUGUACAUGUACCAGUGGCAGUGCCGCAUCAGCCAGCCCACCAUCCACAUCUCGUCCUCUGUUCAAAUGGAGAGUACUACGAUCCAGCUAUCCAAAUGUGCUGCCACGGCUCGGUGUCUCUUCUCAGAUCCCCUCCACAAUUCGCCGCGUGCUGCAAUGGAGAAGUGGUGGACAAUCGCACGGAGAAGUGCUGUAUGGGUCAUGAGCGUGCUGCCUUUGACCAGGCCUGCUGUGGUCCGGAGGCGUACGACAUUCUACAGGGAGAGAAGUGUUGUGCAGAUCGGUAUAUUUACGAGCCAGGAAUGGAUAUGUGCUGCAAGAACUUCCUGGCACCCGCCCAGGGUCACCUCUGCUGUGAGAAAGGCCCAGUACCGACGACUGGUAACAAGGCAGUGUGCUGCGGAUGCGACUCUAUUGACGGUGCUACGCAGGUCUGCUGCGGUGGUCAGCCAGUGGCCAUCGACUCCCCCAAGGAGGCGUGUUGUGCGGGCACGACAAUCUACGAUCCUCGAGAAUCCACCUGCUGUUCAGUGAGCGGACUCAUGCGCGUCGUACAAGGUCCGUCCUGCCGAGAAGCUGCCAAUACCAACCAGGCACCGGCUAGCAGCCAGCCUCUGAUGGGUCCGUGAACGAGAGUACCUGAUCAGGAAAUACAACUUGACAGACAGCGACAUUGGCUGGUAUGCUUAGGUCAUAGUACAGACGAUGAAAAACUGUACUAUAUAGAGAUGCCUUACUUCAAUACAAGUCUAUGCCACUAUGGGCUGCCCAUCCCAUGAUGCUGACACUAUGUGAAUAUAGGUGAUCUAAGGCCAUGGCGCACACCAAUUAUCUUUAACCCUCACUACAGGGACGGACAUUCGUCCGGUAAUCUUGUUAAAACCAGGUCCUUUGGUCUAUAUCGAUCUGGUUUCCUUUCUAAAAAUAAGACACAUCGUUUUAAUGACAUUGAGUAUCCUUACAAGUACAUGUCAUACAGUGUACAUGUGUCCUUUGUUACGCAAGUAACUCACUCCACCGACCCGAUUUGUUCCCCUCUGUCAAUUAUUAACACCGAUAUCACUCAGAGACAUUGAUACUCCUUCCUAUCA